UUUGUGUAGGUGUUUAGGUAUCUAGGUAUAUUGUAUUAUAUUGAGGCGACAAAAGCUGUAUGUGAUCAAUUAUGUUUAAUUUACAACAUUUCGGUGUGAUAUCCUUCGACUCAAAUAACGAUGAUAACAUAUAUCAAACUGCAUACUCUAUAAUGUUAUUUACCACUGGCAUAAUACAAAUUUUUAUGUAUCCUUUUGUAAGCCAUAAGUUUGACGACUGGUCUGAGGUGUUUUCCAUGUCUUUCACCGCAGUGACAUGUAGUGCGGGAAUCAUAAAUUCAUUACUAUCAAAAUUGAUCGUUCUAUACAACAUCAAGUACAAAAAAUAUCAAAAGUAUAAGACGACAUUAGAAGGAUUUGAGAUUUAUAUACCAAUGAACACAGUCGCUUUGAAACACAUCAAGUAUUUUUCUUUUACCGUGAUUUUCUUGUGCUUGAUUACUAUCUUACCUAUGAAUAGCUUAAAAUUGUUUUACCUGUUCCAUAACCACACCAAUCCCAUUUUAAUGACUACAUAUUUUUUUUUCUAUUACAUUCACAACCUGAGCAUGGCUUUAACGGAAUUGCACUUUGCCAUCCAGUGUUUUGUAGUGUACACGAAGUUUCGAGAUAUAAACGAGGAGUUAAUUCAAAUAAAUGAUGAACAUAACUACUACAACUACAAAGUACGAUAUCCGUUUAUUGCAAGCAGAGUGGAAACUUCAAAGAAUAGAGAAGACAUGUCACCGUCUAGUAUGAUUAUAUACGAAAAAGAUUUUUACUGUCCAAAGGACAAAAGAUAUCCAUUGGCGAACACUAUCGAGCUUUUAAGAAUUAAACAUUGGUUAUCUCGGGAAGCAAUCAACGACCUAAAAUGUUUGUUCGGCAUUCAAAUGUGCCUGUCGAUCAUUACUUUAGCAAUUACAUUAUUAUUCGACAUAUAUGCUGAUGUAUUUUAUUCAUCCACAAGUAUGUCAUUUAAUAAAUCAGUAUUUCGAACAAACAUCUUAUUCAUUGGGUGGAUACUACAAUACUCCUUAAGAUUAUGUCUUAUAAUUAUCACAACACACACUACAAUACGGCAGGUGGUUAAAACCAAAAAGUUAAUAACAAAAAUGAACAAUCGACACACAGAUAUUAAUACGAAAGAAGAGCUACAAUUAUUUUAUAAUCAAUUAACUGUCUGUUCAUCCGAGUUCACCAUUUGCGACAUUUUGACUAUAGAAAAUAGUCUCCUAACUUCGAUAUGGUCUGCUGGUGCAACAUAUAUACUUAUACUAGUACAAUUUCAUUCGGACAGAACAAGGAAAUAAAAAGAACAUUAUUUAUCCACACAGUCCAAGAAUUAAAACUGGUAGGGUAUUUGUAUGCAAAAUAAAAU